CAGAGAGAAGGGGAGAGCAGUGCAAGUUAAACUGUGCUGCAUCUAAAAAAAAUGGGCGGAUUGGUCUGUAGAUGGAGGGACGGGUACCACCUUCCUUGCUAAAAUAAAAUCUCUCUGGCAUGAAGUCACUGCCUAUUUCACAUCCGGUUUACCCCGGGACGUAUUACUACUGUCUCGGUAAAGAGGAAUCUUUUGUUGUAUAGCUGCGGACUGAAUAUUGGGAAGAAAUUUGGGGGUUGGACCUCCAGCCCCGGAGAGUCCAUGAUGGCUCAGCCCGAAUGACGGAGAGGCAGCUCUCAGCUCCAGGGGAGUCCAGCCACCUCGACUCUGGGCAUCUCGGAUUUCUGGGCGAUUUUCUCCGGCAGAUUUCGCUCCCAUCCUUGGAGAUCCUGAGCCCUGCGGGGGCUGGAGCUACAAGAGGCCAGGAUGAAGAGAAACCUUGGUCUUUCUGACUGCCUUUGGGCCUGGACCCUUCUUUUGAAUGCCUUGACUGGAAGAAGCUAUGGACAAACUUCCUUACAAGAUGAAAUUAAAGACAAUACCACCGUGUUUACGCGGAUUUUGGACCGACUUCUAGAUGGCUACGAUAAUCGCUUAAGACCAGGAUUGGGAGAGCGUGUAACUGAAGUAAAGACAGACAUCUUUGUUACCAGCUUUGGACCUGUUUCAGACCAUGAUAUGGAAUAUACAAUAGACGUAUUUUUCCGUCAAAGCUGGAAAGAUGAGAGACUAAAAUUCAAAGGACCCAUGACAGUUCUACGAUUAAAUAAUCUGAUGGCCAGUAAAAUUUGGACUCCUGAUACUUUUUUCCACAAUGGAAAAAAAUCAGUGGCCCACAAUAUGACUAUGCCUAAUAAGCUUUUACGAAUUACGGAGGAUGGGACCCUACUGUAUACCAUGAGACUGACCGUGCGAGCAGAAUGCCCAAUGCACUUGGAAGACUUUCCAAUGGAUGCUCAUGCCUGUCCACUGAAAUUUGGAAGUUAUGCUUAUACCAGAGCAGAGGUUGUUUAUGAAUGGACGCGAGAGCCAGCCCGGUCUGUUGUUGUAGCAGAAGAUGGCUCUCGCCUGAAUCAGUAUGAUCUCCUUGGGCAAACAGUGGAUUCUGGCAUUGUGCAGUCCAGUACAGGAGAAUAUGUAGUCAUGACUACACAUUUCCAUCUGAAGAGAAAGAUUGGCUACUUUGUUAUUCAAACAUAUCUACCAUGCAUAAUGACAGUAAUUCUGUCUCAAGUCUCCUUUUGGCUCAACAGAGAGUCAGUUCCAGCAAGAACUGUAUUUGGGGUUACAACUGUUCUCACCAUGACUACUUUGAGUAUCAGUGCCAGAAAUUCCCUUCCCAAAGUAGCCUAUGCUACUGCUAUGGAUUGGUUUAUAGCCGUCUGCUAUGCAUUUGUGUUUUCAGCACUGAUUGAGUUUGCAACAGUAAACUAUUUUACCAAGAGAGGCUAUGCGUGGGAUGGCAAAAGUGUUGUUCCUGAAAAGCCAAAGAAAGUGAAAGAUCCUCUCAUUAAGAAAAACAACACCUAUGCUGCAGCAACAACAAGCUACACCCCUAGCAUAGCAAGGGGGGACCCUGGGUUAGCAACCAUUGCUAAAAGUGCAACAAUAGAACCAAAAGAAGUCAAACCAGAAACAAAGCCUCCAGAACCCAAGAAAACUUUUAACAGUGUCAGUAAAAUUGAUCGACUAUCAAGAAUAGCUUUCCCGUUGCUUUUUGGAAUCUUUAACUUAGUCUACUGGGCAACUUAUUUAAAUAGGGAGCCUCAGCUAAAAGCCCCGACCCCUCAUCAAUAACCCCUUUAACGUGCAUAGUUUUGUUCGGUCUCCUGCACUGGGAAUUACUUUUUGUUCUCAAUGCAGUAAUUCCCAUUUGCUUCAUUGCCUCUGUCUUAAUGAAAUUGAAGGUUUCCUUAUUUCAAAAAUUCACAAAAGAGCAAGAAACCCUGAAAGAUAAUGCCGUAACGGUGUGGUACAUACAUCUGGGAAACUGGCAGAAUGGGAGCCUGAGAGCAAGCAAAGGGAGGGAGGGGUUGGGUGGGGGGGGAGAAAAGAAAGGAAGAGAUAGUAAUGAACAACCAAACAAGACCCCCAAAGCUUUUGUAGAUAGUACAUUCCCAAAGUCCUAAAAGAAAUGCUAUACGUCGAAAGUAUUUUUAUGCAAAGUGUUUAAAGAACCAUUCAUUCUCCAUCGUGUCUUUGCUGCACAAACUACAGUGUGCUUAAUCUUUUGACUUCCUUAAAUGAUGUUAUGUUUUCAUUUUUGACUUUCAAAACCCCUGAAAGAUGGUUAAUUCCUAUUAAAGUUGUUUCUAAAUACUCAAUCACAUCCUUAUGUUGCUAAAAACUAUUUUAAAAUAAGUGGAAAUUUGUGUACUUUAAGUACAGUUUAUUACUGUACAGCACAUAAGGUCCAGGACAUGCUUUAAUCUGGGUUUUUUUUUUUUUUUUUUACUAUUGUCUUGGUUAAAGUACUAACUCGGCUUUAGGCCAAGCAAGAAAAAGUUGCAACUUGGUGCAUUCCGAAGGAUCUAAAUUCCCCCCUUUUCACCAUGUCUAAACCAACAGCACCUCUGCGCUCUAAUGCAUUGCUUGUCAUCAUUAAAAUGUUUUCAGAGGGGAACAAAUGUUUUGCAAGCUCUAGAUAUGUUGAAUGUAUUCUUUUAUAUAACAGUACAUUAAAAGCUUUAGACUGAAAUUUAUGAAUAGUAAACAAAAUAGAGUAUUUAAAUGAUAUAUGUAAAUAUACAGCAUGAGAUUGUACAUUUUUUUACUUUUCUAAAGUUGUGUUAUUUAAAUAUUGUGUAGGGCUCAUUUCUUGUAGCUCUUAAUAUGUUGUUAAAGGCUAUGGAAACAUAUUUAGAGCCUGCAUAAAAUGUCAGCUUGGAUGAGAAAGACCGCAACAGAAAUAACAUCUGGGUGUUAUUAGGGGUGUACCAAAAAGUGCAGUUUGAAGCUGUAUUCUAGUGUAUGCUAGCAGAUAAAUAACUAUUUGCUCAACCUCUGAAGAAGCAUAGAAAUUUAGGACAGUGUUUGAGAACAAUAUGGAAGAACAGUAAAAAUGGAAAGGCAUUUGCUUGGGACAGAAAAAUCAUCUGUAUAUUAUUGCUCUAUUUGCUGAUACAUAACUGUUACAAAAGUGAUGUAAUAUAUGUAGCAUUAAAUACAAAAACACAUGAAAGAAUGUACAGAAAAUAGAUUUUGAGUAAACUUAUUACAUUUCAUUUUUACUGUAGCAAUAUCUUUGUAGGAACAAUAUGUAAGGGCUUUAAAUACACGAUGUCCAUUUUGCAGGUAUCUCAUUAUUAUUCCCUAUAAAACAAUUCUAGUCAGUUUCCUUAUUGCUGAGAAGCUUUAGAGAUAAACAUUUAUUUAGAGGGUAUUUUUGCAGUGCUCCAUUUGAUUGACUAAUUGGUAGAGUUUGCAGAUGUUAAUUUGAUAAUCUAGACUCCCCAGGCCACGGUGUGAACAUAUUUAAGACAAUGCCAAAAUGAACCUUCAGAAAUGCUAAUUGAGACAGUUGGGUUUCAUACACAAGUUUUAGGCACUGUUUUGUAAAGUCUUUCUCAAAAAGCUGCUCUCUAAUGUCAUAGGAAAACACCUGCCUAUGUUUUCCUUUAAAAAUAUGAAUUUUUUUAAAGAAUGCUAAAUUGUCUGAGAUUUCAUCCUGUCUACACUUGAUGAACUAAUAUGAAUGGAAUUUAACAAAGGGAUGUCUCACCUUCUGGUGUCAUGUGUAGAUAUGUGUAUAGAAAAAAUAAAAUAAAAUAUGACUAACUUCUGUGUACUUGUUUAUCUUGUUAUUUUUGGCGUUAACCUAGUGUGUUCAUUUAGGGGAUUUUAUCUUCCAAGUUACCCACAGCUAUCUUUUGGUCUGCAUUUUGCACAUUAGAUGUGAAUAUUACUUAGUCUGCUUUUUGCUAUGCAAUGACUGCAUUAGAUCACCUCUUAGUUUGUUAGUAUAUGUGUAUAGUAUUCAACUGCAUAAAUUGAUUGCACAGUUUAUUCAAAAAAAAAAAGGUAUUCUAUGUAGCUUUUUUAUAGUGCUUUGCUAAACCAUGUAAUAAUAGUAAGUCUUCCUUGAAAAUAAUGAUACACUCUUAUAGAGGACAGUUUCUGUUUACUCCUGGGAUAAUUUUAAAAGAUGACAUUGAAUGUUUAUUGCACCUCAGUGCAGUGAUGUGGCAAUAAAACCUAAAACUAAUAGAGGUUGUUUAUGGCAGACGCAUGCAUUGCUUUACAGAGUUUAGCAAAAGCUCUUUAUUUUAUGUCAGACUGUAAUUCUAUUAUAAUAAUAAAGCUAAAACUAUUCAAUUACAAAAGCAAAU